CUCGCGCGUCCCACCAAAACCACGCUCGGCCACCGUUCGAUCCGCUGCCUUGGCAAUGGCGGAUCGUUUGGCACUCUCGAGAGAGCUGCUGAGGUGUCAACUGGAUGAUUUGGACAUUUUCCUUCGAAAUGCCCGGCGGAUGGAGCUUCCAUCAUUGCCUUCGAUGCCCAAGGAAGAGCGGGAGCAGGUUCCAGUUGCUCCGUUGGACAGUGCCGAGAUACUGGAGGCUCAGCUGCAGAACGUCCAGUCCGUCUUGUCCGACAUGCAGGGACCAGAGGCCAUGAGCUCCCUGAGCCUCCAAGUUGGGCACUCCAGAGAUGAUCUUCUUGCCUCCUUGCCUGCGGGCAGCCUGGAACGAUUCCUUCCCCCACGGGCCAUCCAACGAGGCGGGCAGCCUAGCCCGAAGCCUGGCACCCUGGCCUUUGCUCCACGAUCGCUGUGCACGCUGGCUCAAGCUGAUCCUCUAGCUAAGCAGGUGUACAAUCCAGAUGCAGAACAUCAGCAUUACGCGGGCCUCUUUGACCUGGACAUCGAGCGUUCGUUCAAGGCUUGGAGCGCUUGCGCCCGCCGCACCAGGAUCUUGAAGCGGCAGAAGCGAGAGGAGAACUCCAGGCGUUGGAUGGGGAAGAAGGCCCGAGCGCAAGCGCUCUGGAACCUGGUGGCUGGCCUUUAUGGGUUCGUGGAGACCUACCAGCCUCUCAGCCAACCACACAGCUUGCCACGUGGCGCCCGCAUCUGUGAGCCUGGCGGCCGCUUCGGGGCCUUCCUGUCCUGCUCCGAUAAAGGCAUGUGCAAAGUGCUUUUCGAUGGGCUCGAGGAGGCUGAGCUGCUGGCGGCCGCGGAGCUCCAAACGGUUCGGAGUGGAGCUCAUCCCUACGCAGCCAGCGUCGCCUUCCUGGCGUGGGCGCUCCACACCGUCACUGAGAUGCAGCUCCGAACCAACCGGCUGCGCUCGGAGCUGGCGUACCACAGGGCCUGGGGCAAGAUUGGGCGCGCGUUAAUGACCAUGACCUCCUUUACAGAGAAGAGGCUGGCUGUGAAGCUCACUUUGAGGCGCUGGCGCAGCUUCGUGGCCCAGAAGGAGUCAGAACGACAUCGCGUCCAACAGCUGGCCAAGGCCUUCAAAGCCUGGUUCGAAGCCUUAGUUACAGUGAAGUACAACAAUAUCAUGGAUCAGCUGGAACGUGCACAAGCGGAGCUCCAGGAGAUACGGCAACAGGGCGAGAAGGCAGAAUGGCGCACGGAUAAGAUGAAGGAGCGCUUGGAGGAGAUGUUUUACAUGGAGGUGGAUCUUUGGUGCACUUGGGUGCUGGGUGCCUGGCGUUGGGCCGCCCAGCUGCAGCGGGCCGACCAACACUUUGCGCUGCAGGCUCGACUGGCCCGGGCGCAGCAAACCUUGAAACUCUCCGAGGCCUUUGGUCAGGUGGGCGUGACGUUUGCGAAGCCCCACUUUCAGGCCUGGGUCACCAUGGUGAAGCAAGACCGAACACGGAGGCGUUUGGCUGCACAGUGGUUCUAUGGUGUGAGCUCUGAAACCAUGGAGAAGAUCUUCAAUGCUUGGAGGGGUCUCAAGCAUGCCGAGUAUCAACGCGUUUCAGAGGAGCUCCGAAGGAAGGAACAGGACCUGCGAGAGCUCCACACCCUGUCCUCGCAUCUCUAUGUCUUCUCGGAGCAGUCCUGCCAGCGGGCCACACGCAUGGAAUCGGCGCUGCUGGCCGCGGAGCGGGCCAUGGAGCUCAGUGGCCACCGGGGCGACGACCUGGAGCGCCAGGCUUUAGAGCUUCAACAGCAAGUCCAUCAGCACGAGGAGGCAAACGAGCUUCAACGGCAACAGUAUGAGGCUCAGAUGGAUCAGAGGUUUGAAGCGCAGCGCACCGCCGCGCUGCAACACCUGCAAGUGCUUCGUGCCGAGCUCUCUGCCAGCGAAGACCAGCAGGUGCAUUUGCAUCAGGAGCUGGGCGCCUUGCGGCAGCAGAGCGAGGAGAAGCUCCGCAGUGAGCUCGAGGCCGCCAUGGCACAGGAGGCGCGUGAGCGGGAAGAGCAGGAAGAGGAGCGCGCGGCAGCGGAGCGACGUGCCAAGCUGGAGGAAGCUGAGGUAGCUGAGCAGCAGCGGCGUGCCGCGUUGGCGCGGGAGCAUCAACUGGCGAUGCGCAAGCGCGAAGAGGCGCAGCUGGCGCGAGCACAAGCUUGGCGGCAGAAGAUGGCGGGACAGGAGUCGCCGAGAGCUGAGACGGUCGCGGAGCCACCGAAGGUGCAUGCCAGUGAGGAGCACGAGGAGGUAGGCUCGCAGGGAGAUGACGAGGAAGAGGCAAGUGGCUACACCCGUGAUGAAUGGAUGGACUUCUUUCAAGAGGAGGGCUUGAGCGAGGAAGAGUUGCAAGCCUUGGAGACGCUCUUUGACCAUCUACAAAUGGAAGGUGAUAUCCCCGUGGAGACCUUGAACGAAGCCCUGAACGACCCCAAGCUGGGAAUUCCCGCUGAGCAACGAGAGAGCUUACUGCACUUCCUUCAUGACGUGACUUGAGGAUCUUGAAGUUCAAGUUGGAAGGUCUUGAUGCCUGGCUAUGCGCGCUGCUGGCGCCUGGUUGCUGGGCCGGAGCUGCACCUCAUCUUGGACAGGAUGAUGGAGGCUGCCUACGACCGUCCAGCCUGUGCUGACGCCCAAACCACGGCGAGCUGACCAGCGUGGCGUGACCGACCGUCCAGGUGAUGAUGAAGGGUGCCUUCAUGGCAUUUCCACACAGAGGCUCUGAGAAAGAAGAAGGUGCCUGACUCUGGUGGUGUGAACCAAAAACUGCUGACGGUCAGUGGAUGUGAAGAUGAUGUGGAGGUGAAUGAAUGACUGUGAUUACUUGCUUAGCAAGCGAUGUCCAGCGCUUUCUCACACAGUGUAGGUGUUCAAUAGCAGGUGCUGUACAAAGGUGCUUCACCAGUUUAUCAUCCGCCGGGCUGUUCGUCGGUGGGUGGUGAAUCAUUUCACCUGUCUCACUCGGUGCUCUCUCAGUUGAAGCUUUCCGAGUCGGUGCUCCACACAGGGAAGAGAGAGGAACCUUCGCUCUUCACCACUGGUGUUUCAACACUGGUGUUGUUUCGGCAUGAGAUGACAUGGGGGAACCUCCAAGCCCCAGGUUGAGAAAGUCAGACACUUGAGAGAAGCAGCCCACAGUGAGGCACCAGUCCAAAAGAAACAGCAAAACCCAGAUGUGAUCAAUUUCCCGUCUGACGACCUUUGGUUUAAGAAGGUUCAGCAAUGUUUAGCAGCCUGGAAAAGGGGUCUGAUUUGUGUGGUCACAGCGAAAAACCUCAGACCAUCUCAGACCUCUGACAUCCUGUGACACAGCAAAGAAGAACAUGCAGAGAUCAGUGGUUGGAACAUUCGAA